GAGAGAGAGGAGGAAACAGUGGGAGAGAGAGAGCUUCAUGUGUGUAUGAGGGGUGUUUGAGUAGUGACAGACAGUUUAGCUCCAGCUUUGACCUCAGAGAGUGACAGCGGCUGACAGGCUCGACUCCUCUGCCAGCCUGCAGCGGAGCGUGAGGAGUGUGAGGAACCUGAGGUGGAGGAGGAGGACGACGACAUUAAAACACUGAGGAGGAAGAGCCGAGGAGACGACACGUGUGUUCACAGUUGACUUCAACUCUUGUGGAUUUUGCCUGAGAGACAAAUGGGCCAUGCGGAGUGCCACAAUGUAUUUACUCUUUGAUAUCAAUCCAAUCUUUACCGCUCUGGGACAUUCUGAAUGCUUAAAAGGAUUUUGACUCACAUCCUCAAAACGCAUACAGACAGAUAGACAGACAGACUCAUCGAGAACGGCCACGGGAGACCCAUUCAAAAAGCCAGCAGCCUCUCACUGCUCCAGGAUGUGCUGUAAGAAAAAGACAGCCGUCCGCGUCAAACGAGACGACAACAGCCAGCCCAGCCUCGCACUGAACCCAGAGACGAUGACACUGAACUAGCCCUCCAUUUCUACCAGGACUGUAUCACGCAGAGGUGAGGUUUCACUGGCACCUGCAAUCUUGUAGUUGGGGAAUGAAUGCAAGCUCACAUUCACUCACAUAACAGAUACAGUUGCAAAUGCAGCAGACCCCAGAAUGACGGGUAAUAAGGGCGGACCAGACUGAGCCAGAGGGCAGCUCCAGUCCAAGCCAAGGCACACAGUCUCUGGACUAAUGGAAAAAAAGCGCAAGAACCCACAUACUGAGGACCCUGGAACUGAUAAGAAGCGCUGAUGGAUACUGGGUUGGCCAGAGGAAAACCCACAUGCAAUUUUAAGUGAGAUAGCACAGCAAAAUAUUGCAUAAUUUGCAGGACACUGGAAUUAAAAAAGAGGAAAUAGAAGAUUAUCAGGCCUUCUCAUGGAAAAUGCACAUACAUUAGGUUAGAAGAGGUCUGCAGGACAAGCUGCAAGUGGUACACAUUACUUGCUCUUUUACAUGUGUAUAAAUACAGGAUUCACACACACACACUCACACACACUCUGCAGGGAAUAACCACUCUAGUAGUACACACACUGGGGAAGAGCAAGCAGGGAGAACAGAGCUUUGGCACUGACAGGGUCUCCCCCACAGGCUUCACCACCAUGAUGGAGAAGCUGAAUCCCAGCAACCAACCUGCCUCACCCCCCGACCUCUCUCGCCCCUCCUCCUCCUCAGCCUCCUCCCCCGCCUCCUCUGCCUCCAUGGAGCAGCACAGUCCCCUCCAGAACCAGCCCUUAGCCUCUCCAGACAAUAUCAGCAGCCCGCUUCCUGCUAACAAGGCAGGGCGCAACAGAGACACGGACGUCCCUGCAGCCGGUUCACUCCAUCCCCUCAUUCCCACGACGACAGCAUUAACCAAUCACUGUGCGGAUACAGCAGCUGCACCUGAUUCCAUCGUCAUAGUGACGGAGGAGGAUAAGCGAGGAGGGCCAGCCGCUGCCGCCACCACUGAUGGGUCUCCAACACUUUCGUCUCCACCUCCCCUCCUCCCGGCACCAGCCAUGGACUCCAAGGCCUCCCCGUGCCCCCUCCCCCCUCCAGCAUCCACCUCCUCGUUCCCUACAUCCUCAUCAUCCUCAUUAUCUGCUGCUCCCCUUCCUCCCCACAUUCCAGUCAUCAGCCUGGGCCACAGCAAGCCCCCUCUCCCCCUCCCCAACACCCCUUUGACUGCCCUGCACCCAAUUCCCAACCUCCUCCAGGGGCCCCACGGGGACCUCCGCCUCACCCAGCUUACCUGUCUGUCAGCAGCUGGCUCUGGUGGUCCUGGAGGUUCUGGCCCUCCUGGAGAUCCUGGAAGUCUUAGAGGUUCUGGAGGUCCUGGUGGUUCCUCAGCUCCCUCCCCAGGACCCCUGUUGCCUCAGCAGUACCUGCCUGCACACCCCUUCUUUACUAGUUCUUACCUGGGUCCUUCAGGUAACUACGGCCUUUUCGCCAACAGCCGGAUCAAGAGGAGACCCUCCUCACACUUUGAGAUGGAGCUUAAUGAUUGCCCUCCUCAGAAGCUAGCCCGGCGUGUCUUCACCAACAGCCGCGAGCGCUGGCGACAGCAGAAUGUGAACGGGGCUUUCUCAGAGCUGAGGAAACUCAUUCCCACACACCCUCCUGACAAGAAGCUCAGCAAGAAUGAGAUCCUGCGUCUGGCCAUGAAGUACAUUAACUUCCUGGUCACUCUGCUCAAUGACCAGGCCCAGGACAAGACCCGAAACUCGCCUGAGGAUGAUGCUGAUGGGGAGGGCACCAGGGGUGGGCUGGAUGGCAAAAAACUGAAUCCCCUUUUCCAGUGUGACACUCCUCCUCCAUCCCACUGUCCCCCACCAGCUUCAGCCCGUCCUGCCUUGGCGACUGCCCUCAGAGAAAGAGACUCAAGUGAUUCGGUCAUCGCCCUGGCUAAUUCCCCUGCAACAUCUAGUUGCUAUGGUGACACGGAUAGCGAGGAGAGCUUUGGGGCUAAGACUUCACUGGUGACCCAUGGCAUUCUGGGAAAGGUCAAGGGUCAGAUAAGGAUGGUGGCAGCCACAAAUGAUGAGCUAUGACACCACAGGAUGCCAUACAAAGAGGUGUGCAACCAUUUGGAGCUUAAAUGUCACACUGACAGACAGGAAAGGAUACAUAGUUACUGUGAAAGCCCACAGUGUUUGAGACAACGGAGGCGAUGAGCCGCUUUCUUCUGCGACUCAGUUGCUGCAAGCUCAGCUCCCAAGGACUGUGAAUAAGUAAGACAUGGAUUUUUUUAGUGACAUGAUGUUUGGAAAACUAUCUGUCUCCCUGUCCUUUUCAUGUGCAAACUUGAGUGUGAGGCUUUGUGUUCUGGGAAAAUAUUGAAAUGUACUCUCUGGGCAUGUUAAAGGAUGUGAAACAUUACAGAACAAAUAGAAACUUUUAUGUUUUAUAUCAAAAUUAAGCCCUCGUGUUCAUCUGUUAGACAAUGCACCUCUGCAAAAAUGUGAAUCAGAAAACAUUAAUAAAACAUGCGUAACAGAUUCUUAGAAAUAUAACCAUCUCAGGCUGCAUUUACACAGGCACAAAAUAUUUUAUUUUUAAUGCUUGAUGACACACAUCUCACCUCUUCUCUCUUCUUUGUAAACAGGAACAAAAAAACUUCCUCUUCAAUUCUUAAUUAUAAAAAUCUUAGAUCUUUACACAAAGGGUUAAAAAUCUGAUAUUCUGCUCUUAUGUACAUGCAGCCUUUGAAGUUUACAUGUAAAUAAUUGGCAUCUUGCCAGAAUAGAACCACUGUCACGGUGCCUCAGAGUGACACAUAACACUCUAUUGUGCCUGCAAAAAAAUGUGACAUCAGAAACAUCAAUGGCAGACAUGCAUUCACUGAACCAGGUUGCAGUAUUUGGUGUUCCUGUUGUUCCUAGCUGUCAAACAAGCAUGGGUGAAGGACCCACCCUGGCUUUAGCGGACAUUGUGACACACUUGUACCAGACAGAAAUAAAGCGUGUUUUAGUUUGCUGUUCCUUAUUUGACAUCCUCUUAUUGCACUCCAAAGACUGCCUUUUCGUCAGCACGAUUGCUCAACACUUCCAAAUGCUUUGUUUUUCUUUUUUUCAGUUUAGGGAACACUCAUGUCCAAGUGUUAAGUAAGUAUGAAGCUCAGUGUGAAAUGUCUACAGAAACCAUCAGCUGUUAACUGCAAAACUAGAAUGACAUUGGAUUAUGACUGUUAAACAGCCUAGCAAGGUUCCUAGAUGUAGAUACAAAUGUGCAUCUGAUUUUAGUUUUUAAUAUUCGACAAGUAUUAUAAUCACAGACUGCAAAAGGUUAAAGUUCUCAUAAAAUCACACAAAAAUGGACUUGUUUGCUGCUGAAUCUGUGACCAGAGAGUACCAGCUUAAAAAUUUAUGUGCAUACUUUAACCAACAAUAGGUCGAAGUUGUAAUUUAGUGCUACACUCAAUCUGUCACCGGGCAUUACAUUUACUGGAGGAUAUAGACUGAAUAGCCAAAGCCUAACUACAUCCCUCCAUGUUGUUUGCUUGGACUGUUCACCAGCAUGACAGAUUGAUAACGCCACUUAAAAACCAGUUUUAAAAAAGUUUAGUGUACGUGACCUGACAUUUCCAAACUGGAAAUAGCUGCUCUGUGAUAUUACUGUGAGAAUCCUGGACAUGGAAAAAAAAAAAAUCCUGGUACCCUUGUUGCUAUUCAGUGAGGUUUGAUUGAAAAACUGUGGAAGAAUGGAUCCAGUUGAGGUGGACUGUGUUGCGUGUGUUGCAAUAUGUGUGUUCAUGCCUAAGAGUACAUGCGUGUGGAUGUGGUGAGGAAUUAGCGAGGAGU